UUUUGAAGGUCGUUGAGGAGGCGCGUGGUUGGUCCUGUUGUCAAUGGGUAUAGGUUCGUUUUGCUUCGAAUAUUCCGUGAUGAAGGAUAACUAGAAACUUUAAUUAGUUCCGCAGACGAAAACACUGAUGAGGCCACUCAGGCUCAACAGGAAGCAAUUGAAAGAGAUAUGAAGUCUACAUGUCUAAUUUCGACAAUCCUCCCACUUUCAACACUCGAUGAGGACUUCACCGGCCAUUCAGUCUACUUAGAAAAACUAAAGCUUAUGAAACAAAAUUACCGAGGGAUUCGUCGACUUCGACGUGAUGGAAACUGUUUUUAUCGGGCGUUUGGUUUUGCGUACAUAGAGUACUUGCUAAAUGGCAAACUCAUCAAGGAAGCUGGGAGGUUUGUUCAUUUUUUUGCUUUCUCAUGUUUUUGUUGUAUGCAAAGUGAAUUUCGUAACUAUACUUGAGUCAACUUUCAGUAUAAUUCGAUUUCUCAAUCAUAAACAACUUGCGGAAGGAGCUCCAUUCACCAGCG